GGCCGGCCUGCCGCGCUUGCGGAGAAUGCUAGGCAGAGGAGCCCAAGAACCGCAUCCGACACUGCCCUGAGUCCGCUAGGCUGGAACUUGGAAUGCCCAGGGACCGGUCCAGCUCCUGCGACCGCUUCACCGCGUCUAGGGAAGCUGCGCGCAGGACUUGGAGGCAGAGACCUCAGGCGGUAGAGACCUCCGGCGGCGGCUGCAGAGGGGCGAGCUGGGCGCAGGAGGGGGCGCGCUUUCUUCCUGUGGGGCUCAGUAAUGAGGAGACUGAGUUUGUGGUGGCUGCUGAGCAGGGUCUGUCUGCUGCUGCCGCCGCCCUGCGCACUGGUGCUGGCCGGGGUGCCCAGCUCCUCCUCGCACCCGCAACCCUGCCAGAUCCUCAAGCGCAUCGGACACGCGGUGAGGGUGGGCGCGGUGCACUUGCAGCCCUGGACCACUGCCCCACGCUCAGCCAGCCGCGCUCAGGACGGCGGCAGGGCGGGUGCCCAGAGGGAUGAGCCAGAGUCGGGGACGUGGCGGCCACCGGCACCCUCACAAGGCGCACGUUGGUUGGGGAGCACCUUGCAUGGCCGGGGUCCGCCUGGCUCCCGGAAGCUCGGGGAGAGCGCCGGGACCGAGACCCUGUGGCCGCGGGAUGCCCUCCUGUUCGCCGUGGAAAACCUGAACCGUGUGGAAGGGCUACUACCCUACAACCUGUCUUUGGAAGUAGUGAUGGCCAUUGAGGCGGGCCUGGGAGACCUACCGCUUAUGCCCUUCUCUUCCCCGAGCUCGCCAUGGAGCAGUGACCCUUUCUCCUUUCUGCAGAGCGUGUGCCACACGGUAGUGGUACAAGGGGUUUCGGCGCUGCUUGCCUUCCCCCAGAGCCAGGGCGAAAUGAUGGAGCUGGACUUGGUCAGCUCUGUCCUGCACAUCCCAGUGCUCAGCAUAGUGCGCCACGAGUUUCCGCGGGAGAGUCAGAAUCCCCUGCACCUACAGCUGAGUUUAGAAAAUUCACUAAGUUCUGAUGCUGAUGUCACUGUCUCAAUCCUGACCAUGAACAACUGGUACAAUUUUAGCUUGUUGCUAUGCCAGGAAGACUGGAAUAUCACUGACUUCCUUCUCCUUACGGAGAAUAACUCCAAGUUCCGCCUCGGGUCCAUCUUCAACAUCACUGCUAACCUGUCCUCCACCAAGGAUCUCCUAAGUUUCCUGCAGGUCCAGCUGAAAAGCAUUAAAAACAGCACACCCACAAUGGUGAUGUUUGGCUGUGACAUGGAAAGUAUCCGGCAGAUUUUUGAAAUGUCCACGCAGUUUGAGCUGUCACCUCCUGAGCUUCACUGGGUUCUAGGAGACUCCCAGAACGUGGAGGAACUGAGGACAGAAGGCCUGCCCUUAGGGCUCAUUGCCCACGGGAAAACAACUCAGUCUGUCUUUGAGUACUAUGUUCAGGAUGCCAUGGAGUUAGUUGCAAGAGCUGUAGCCACAGCCACCAUGAUCCAGCCAGAACUUGCUCUCCUUCCAAGCACGAUGAACUGCAUGGACGUGAAAACCACAAAUCUCACUUCUGGACAAUAUUUAUCAAGGUUUUUAGCCAACACCACUUUCAGAGGUCUCAGUGGUUCCAUCAAAGUAAAAGGUUCCACCAUCAUCAGCUCAGAAAACAACCUUUUCAUCUGGAACUUACAGCAUGACCCUAUGGGAAAGCCAAUGUGGACUCGCCUGGGCAGCUGGCAAGGGGGGAGGAUUGUCAUGGACUCUGGGAUAUGGCCAGAGCAGGCCCAGAGGCACAAAACUCACUUCCAGCACCAGAACAAGCUACACUUGAGAGUGGUGACCUUGAUUGAACACCCAUUUGUUUUCACGAGAGAAGUAGACGAUGAAGGCUUAUGCCCUGCUGGACAACUCUGUCUAGACCCUAUGACUAAUGACUCUUCCAUAUUGGACAGCCUGUUUAGCAGCCUCCACAGCAGUAAUGAUACAGUGCCAAUCAAAUUCAAGAAGUGUUGCUACGGGUAUUGCAUUGAUCUGCUGGAACAGCUGGCAGAAGAUAUGAACUUUGACUUUGACCUUUAUAUUGUAGGGGAUGGAAAGUAUGGAGCUUGGAAAAAUGGUCACUGGACUGGUCUGGUUGGUGAUCUCCUGAAUGGAACUGCCAAUAUGGCAGUCACAUCUUUCAGCAUCAAUACGGCACGAAGCCAGGUGAUAGAUUUUACCAGCCCUUUCUUCUCAACCAGUUUAGGCAUCUUAGUAAGAACUCGAGACACAGCAGCUCCAAUUGGAGCCUUCAUGUGGCCACUCCACUGGACCAUGUGGCUGGGGAUUUUCGUGGCUCUGCAUAUCACUGCCAUCUUUCUCACUCUGUACGAAUGGAAGAGCCCCUUUGGUAUGACUCCUAAGGGACGAAACAGAAACAAAGUCUUCUCCUUCUCUUCAGCCUUGAAUGUCUGCUAUGCCCUUUUGUUUGGCAGAACAGCGGCCAUUAAACCUCCAAAAUGCUGGACUGGAAGGUUUCUUAUGAAUCUUUGGGCCAUUUUCUGUAUGUUUUGCCUCUCUACAUACACAGCGAACUUGGCUGCUGUCAUGGUAGGAGAGAAGAUCUAUGAAGAGCUUUCUGGGAUUCAUGACCCGAAGCUUCAUCAUCCUUCUCAAGGCUUCCGUUUUGGAACUGUCCGGGAGAGCAGUGCUGAAGACUAUGUGCGGCAGAGCUUCCCCGAGAUGCACGAGUACAUGAGAAGGUACAACGUACCAGCCACCCCUGAUGGAGUGCGGCAUCUGAAGAAUGAUCCAGAGAAACUAGAUGCCUUCAUCAUGGACAAAGCCCUUUUGGAUUAUGAAGUGUCAAUAGAUGCCGACUGCAAGCUUCUGACUGUGGGGAAGCCAUUUGCCAUCGAAGGAUAUGGCAUUGGUCUCCCUCCCAGCUCUCCACUGACUUCUAAUAUAUCUGAGCUCAUCAGUCAAUACAAGUCUCACGGGUUUAUGGACGUGCUUCAUGACAAGUGGUACAAGGUGGUUCCCUGCGGAAAGAGAAGCUUUGCUGUCACUGAGACUUUGCAAAUGGGCAUCAAGCAUUUCUCUGGACUCUUCGUGCUGCUGUGCAUAGGAUUUGGACUCUCCAUCUUGACAACCAUUGGCGAACACAUAGUGUACAGACUGCUCCUACCACGAAUCAAAAAUAAGUCCAAGCUCCAAUAUUGGCUGCACACCAGUCAGAGGCUACACAGAGCAUUAAACACAUCAUUUGUAGAAGAAAAGCAGCCACAUUUCAAGACAAAACGAGUGGAAAAGAGGUCCAAUGUGGGACCCCAGCAGCUCAUGGUGUGGAAUACUUCCAAUCUGAGUCAUGACAACCAACGAAAAUACAUCUUUAGUGACGAGGAAGGACAAAACCAGCUGGGUACUCAGACCCCCCAGGACUUCCCUCUUCCUUCAAGAAGAGAGCUCCCUGCCUCACUGACCACCAAUGGAAAAGCAGACUCCCUCAAUGUAGCCCGGAACUCAGUGAUGCAGGAACUCUCCGAGUUGGAGAAGCAGAUCCAAGUGAUCCGACAAGAGCUGCAGUUGGCUGUAAGUAGGAAAACAGAGCUGGAGGAGUAUCAAAGGACAAACCGGACUUGUGAAUCCUAGGCAGUGCCACUGCUCCCCUUUCUCAGCCCCUGGUAUUCUGAAGCCCCUGAGGCACUUCAUAAAGCUCUUUUUUACUGACUAACAAAGGUGUGGGGUCUGGCAGUGAACUGUGCUGUUCUGCCCUAACACGCAGCAACAGCUUUCCCCACACACAACUCCCCCCACCCCCCAUCCCAGGUCUCCAGGGUAGCAAUCUUUUCCACAGAAGGAACCUAGAGUUAGUCAGGAGUAAAAUCUGUAUAAGGGGAUUGGUAAGCAGCCAGACAACACUGGCUCCUGUCAACCUUUUCACCUGGUGCCACAAUAAUAUUUCUGGUUUUUAGCCCUUUCUCUGCACUUCAACAAGAGAUAAAAACCGUUGCUCAUACCUGUGUCUUACUUGGUUGGUUUUUAAUAUAAUUACAAAAUGGAAUUGUCUAGCAUUGCAGAUUUGAUAAAACUCCCCAAUCUAGAUUUGAUCUUACAUUCUGAAUGAGCAGGAUAGGAGCCAGGAAAACUGGGGCAGAGCAGAUACAUAAAGAAUAAAUGGAGCUCAGAAUUACCACAGGCAAGGCUUGACUGGCUAAGCUGGCCUGAGCAGCUCUGGUUCUCUGACCCAAUCCUGACUAACAUUUAGUAGUUGAGUCACCACUAGGAGAGGAAAAGGGAUGCAGAGUGAGAGCAAAGGACAGACAGAUCGGGCAUUAAGGAUUCACUGGGUGCUUUUAAAAUAAAGCUCUGGGCCAGAAAGGCAAUUUGGCUAAAGAAUGUAUUGCACUAGACUUCUAAUGUAACUAAUCAUCUCCACCAUAGUGUGUGCCUUUUAUUAAAAGAAAGAGAAGCAAAGGAAGGCCAUGUCCUAACAAGAACCUGUGCUAUCCCUUAGUUAAUGCCUGUGACAGGGUCUAUGAGCUGAUAUUCCAUUAAGGGAAAUGUUCUGCAUAUUACAUAGAUAAACUGUUCUCAGAUCAGUGGUCACCUCUCUUAGCCUAAGGAACCCCAGAAGCAACCAGGGGAGUUGUGAAUAUCACAAAUGUCAAAUACUGGGGUCUGCCCUGCUCCAUCAUCUCCCAUCCUUACAUUUACUGGUCUCUGAUGAACUACGGUAAGUUCUAGACUCUCUGAUUAUCCUCCUGGAUCUAUUUAAUGCCCUCAGAGACUGAUAUAAUUACCCUAGCUUCCCCUAUGCUUAGGCAUCACUUUUCUACUCAUACAAUUGUUUGGCAUGGAGAAAGGGAAGAAACAUGAGAUCUCUAUACUUCCUGUAUGCUCCCAAAUGUUGGCUGGAUAAUAUCUAAGGCCCUCAUCAGAGUGACCAUUGCCAAGACUAAACCAGAAGUAAUGUUGGGAGGGCUCAGAAUGCUAACGCUAGGCAGCACCCCAGGACAUAGCACAGUCCUAAAGUUACUCUCAAAAAAACACUGCUUUGGAAGUUUGGCUACCACUAGGCAUGUAAUUAAGGAGAGCCUGUCAACUUUUCCUCUUUUUAUCUCAUCACCAACUAUUGGCUAGUUUCCACAUCUCCACCCUUACACCAGGGUUCCAUUUAGAAGUAGACCUUCUUGUUAAUCAGAGCUGCUUCUCUAGUCACUUUACAAUAAAUGCACAACUCUGUCCCAAGCAGUGCUCAGAUCAUUAAAAGGGGCUUCAGUCAUUCAACAACUCCCACUUUGGGGCACAAUGUCUAUACUCCACCAAGAGCUGUACAGAUCUAGAUAAAGAUGGCAGUAACGCCCUAAGCUGUAAUCAGAAGACCUGAGCAAUGAGUUCAUAGUGCAGUAAACCUAGGAGGGCAAGAAAGCUUAAGACACAUUCAAGAGAAGGCAGGGGCCUGGAAAAAUAGACUUCAACUUCACAAACUGAACAUUUCAAUGAGAUGGGGGGAAGCUCUGAAAACAAAGGACAAUGUGCUUUGCAAUGUCCUCAGCCCUCCUGCACUCUCAGCCUCAGCUGCCUUUGGCAGAUUCCACCCCUUGGCCAUUCCGACCCAUCUCUAACAGUGUCCUAGGGACUCGGCACUAAGCAUCCCUGGAUAGCUGUUCAGCCUGCAAGGCUGAGGUGUAGUGUACCUCAAUUCACAUGACAGCCAUGCUCCUGUGGUACACGGACAUUUGUUCAACAACUCAUAUUCCGACUGUACUUGAGAGGCUGGCUGUUUAAGGGAACACAGAGGUGAAUUCUUUUGUAAAGAAUCCUUUUGUAAUGAAACCAAUUAUCCCUUAAACUAUCUGUUUUGUAAGUUUGGGUUUUUGUAUAUCUGGUUUAUCUUAAGCUUCUCUACUGAGGCAUUCUAAGUAGUGGUGGUCACAUGGCAGAGUCCCUGCCCACCCACAGAGCAGAGAAGCAGUGCAUGCUCCCAAGAGUAACUGCCACUACUGUGGCCAGGAUACAGCAAGCAGCAGCAGGAGUAAAGGCAGACAAACCACUGUCAACACUGCUUAAAAUGCUUUCAUGUCCGUGGGUAAAUAAAACAUAUAAUUGCUUGUGAAGCAGUUUUCAUGAUAAAUAGCAAAAAUUUUUAAUGGUAGUAAUUGAACAGUGUUUUGCAAUUUGUGAAACAGUGUGCUGUGUUUUGUACAAAGAUUUCACGAAAGGGAGAGUCCUUCCAAACCUUGGUUCUGCUCCACUUCAGCUCCCUCACCCCUCAGGCUCACAGAAGAAAGUCCAAGGGGCAGGGCUACUGGAAUGAGCUAAGGGAUGCUCCCUGGCUUCCUGCACUCCCUUGGGAAACCUGGAAGAUGGCAAACUGUCCCACACUCCAUGCCCACUCUCCAAAGGGGCCUCCCAUGGGAAGCUCAUAAAGCACGAUGGGUAAGCCGGUUUGUUUGGAUAAGACAGUAAGGGUUCUACAAUGUACUUACCACAAGAGGAGAGUGGUCCUCCAACUAAUAAAGGCAAGUCACAACAGCUGGGACAGCCAGAGGCAGCCAUAGGGACCUAAAACGUCAGGGUCAAUAGUAUGCCUGGAUUUUCUAUUAUUCAUAAGAUUUGCACAAACCCUAUAUAGGAAUGGCUGCUUCCCUUCCAUCCCCAAGAAAUGGUACGUGGAGCCACACAGAACAUAACUGUGUCACUGAGAGAACUCCUCGGUGUUGGGUCUGCUAGAGGCUUGGGGCAAAGUUGAGCACCCCUUUGCAUGGAUCAAGAGAGGAAAACAAACUACUUUAGAGUCUCUUUUCCUCUCAACUCAUAUUUGAAAAGGCAAACCAGAAAAUCCACUGUCUUCAGCAGAAAUUGCUUUACUAGUCAUUAAAACCACUUUGCCAACUAUACUGUUUUGUUAUGCCUUUUCCCCCACCCAACUCCUGCCACCAAACACAUCCAGUCUAGGAAUUCCCUCACUCUCUUUCGUUUAGUUGCCAAUCAUCUUAUAAAAAUGAAGUGCUUAUAAGUAUUUCCUUAAGGUCUGUAAAGAAUAUUUGCCCUGCGUCUUCAUUUCAGUGUGUGUGCAACUGCUCCCUCCGCUCCAAGAACUGAAACGCUGUCUUGUGAGCAUGACGUGAACAGGCUGUUUUGUUCCAGCCACUUUUCUUGUACAACCAUGGGGAUGGACUAGAUGUCCUCAGGUCUUUUCCAUCUUCGGUUUCUAUGACUGUGGAAUAAAUGUUCAGAU